UUCAUUAGACUACAAAUGUUAAGAUUGUUCCCUACAAGUUAACUACAGCAAGAAUCCGCAAUGUUGAGCAGUAUUUCUAUACCUCUGAGCUGUUUAUCAACAAGCUAGAAACCAAAGCAGCAGAGUAUAAAAAUAGCCCAGCUUUGAAGCUUUUUAGAAAAGAACAGGGAGAAAAGGCAGAAUAUAGAGUUAACUCUGCUGUAUACUAAGCCCUUACCAAAUAUGGAUAAAACAGCAAGUGUAUGCAAAGAAGCAGCCGUCAUUCACAAAACACAGUGGCGUCAUUCAACCUACAUUUAAUUAUCCUUUCAACAAUAAAAGGAAUAAGUGUGAGGGAGAUGGAGGCAUAAAUAUAUAGAAAGACAGGAAAAUCAGGAUCAGAUGCCUAUUUAGAGCUGGUGGAGAGCAGAAGGGGGUAAAAAUUCUGCUAAAUUAAUCAUAUCCUACAAAAAUAGACAAAUCUGGAGUGUGUGGGUUGUAAUAUAAAGGGGGAAGUUGACAACAGUUUAUUGAAAUGCGAAAUAAUCUUUUUUUUAUUUUUUUUAGCCUAUUCUGCAGAGAUUUUAAAACAGACAUCCCACACCUCUUCUAUCCAAAUGACGUCUCUCUCUCACUGCCCUGCCAGAUCAUUAUGUUCAUUCUGUUCCAAUUUCAAAGAAUACAUUCAUUUUAAACCAGUAUGUUUAAAGCUGUCCAGGUGCUGCAGUAGAUUUUAAGCUUCAGUAAUGACAUUUUCUUCUUCUGGUAUAAGGACCUGUACCUGCUCCUGCAGCAAAGCAGCCGUAAGCAUUAGUUUGAUCUAUUAGGGAGUAUCAGUAUUAACCAUUAUUGGAACACUUAAAGGUAUAAAAAUUGGUGCAACAGCUCAGCUCUACUGAUUACAACAAAAAAACAUGAUAUAUGUAGCAUUUAUUAUGAUUAUAAGAUUAACUGCACAAUGCCGUUAAUGAAAAUGUAGUACAACCAGGCUUGCCUGUAAUUCUGUACAAAUUGGGUACAGAAUGUGUUAUUUGGCUCUCUGCUCCUUUCUCUCCACUUCUCCCUCCUUUCCCUUGCACUUUCCUCCCCCUCUUCUCUCUACUCUCCUGUGGCUCAGCGUCAUCUGUAAGAGCUGAUGACGCCUGCCUGUAAUAGCAGAGAAGGCAGUUCCCUUACCAUGCAACCCAUUGAUGCUAAACUCCACUCUUCUCCCCCCUCCCCUUGCGUCUCACCUGCCCACACACUUCUCAUCUACUAUAUAAAGACAGCCACGAGCUACAGUUCUUAUAACCAGAAUUCAGACACAGGCAUCUAGGGAGAUAGAGAAGGGGAUACCACACUGAGUAGAAGACUGCAAACAGCGAGACGGAAAGGAAAGACGAAGCAAGGAGACAGGGGAUCUCUGGACUGAUUAUUCCUCAGCAUCCCGGAGACCCUAACAAAAAUGUACAGGUCUACGAAAGGCGCUUCGAAGGCUAGAAGAGACCAGAUCAAUGCAGAGAUACGCAAUUUGAAAGAACUUCUUCCUAUCUCUGAAGGCGACAAAGUCCGUCUGUCGUACCUUCACAUCAUGUCCCUUGCUUGUAUUUAUACAAGGAAAUCUGUCUUCUUUUCAAGAGGGCAACAGGCAGAGGAAUUAGAAGGUCUUCUCUCCAACCAGGACUUGAUGGAUUUUGUCCAUAGUCUUCCUGGGUUUCUACUGACAUUCACAAGUGAAGGAAAGCUCAUUUAUGUAUCAGAAAAUGUAGCUGAUCAUCUUGGACAUUCAAUGGUUGAUCUGGUGGCUCAGGGGGACAGCAUCUAUGACAUAAUCGACCCUUCUGAUCAUUUUGUGAUGAGGAACCAGCUAGCAAUGCCUUCAUCUCCAGAUAGUGAGAGAAUGUUCAGGUGCCGAUUCAACACUUCAAAGACAGCUAGAAGGCAAAGUGCAGGCAACAAGCUGGUUCUUAUCAGAGGAAGAUUUCAGCAACCACCAGCUGGUACCUAUUGGUCAUCCAACCCCGUAUUUACAGCUUUCUGCAUUCCUCUUGAUCCCAAGCCUAGAGUGAUACAGAGUCAUUUAUUGGUGGAUUUCUUUGAGAGUCAGCAUGCAAAGGACCUAACUGUGCUGGAUGUUUCAGACAGUAUUUUACAGUACUUGUGGUAUGAAAAAAGUGAUCUACUCAGCAAGUCCUGGUACAAUCUAAUUCAUCCUGAAGAUCUUACUCAUCUCUCCAAACAGCAUCUCAAGCUGUUGAAUGAAUCCUGUGAAGGCAGAGCAGAAGUUGUAAUACGUCUGCAAAGAAAAGAUCAACUAUGGGUUUGGGUGUAUUCCAUUCUGAUACUUGAGGCCAGUGAGGCGUCCAUCACUUCAUAUAAUUAUAUAACCAGCGAGGAAGAAGCCUGGUGCUUGAGGCAGCAGCUGACCUCCGAGGAGACCCCAGUCUCUUUCUCAGCAGGGGCAUCCUCCUAUCAAGAUACCCUUCUUUCUCCAGGAGACCUUUCAAGUCCAGAUCAAGUCUUCACACCCCUUGCAAACACACCAACAAGUGCAGGACAGUCAUUUGAUUUCUCAGAGCCCAUGACUAUUGGUUCAGAAGAUCCAAUUCUUUGCCAGACCACUAUCCCUCUUGUCGAAGAUCCUGUGGCCCCUGAAGGCCAAUCAGAGAAUCAGUCUAUCUUCACACUCUUUCAACCAACUUCACAUGAGCAUACCUUCAGAAGAGAUCAGCUUGGGACACCCAAAGAAUUCACCUGCACGCCACCUUAUACUCCACACCAAAACUGUUCUUUCCUGUUUGGGACUCUAGAAAACCCCCCUCAAACAACAUCUGAGCAAGAAACCACCAUCCUUAACCCUGAAAUGUAUUAUUCCUAUUGCAGCUCACUCUAUGAGAAGCUUCCCCCAACUCCAGACAGUCCAGGGGAUGGUGGUGACUGCACAGUAAUGAGGGUACCUGAAAUUCCAGGACCACUGUUUGUGGAUCUGCCAAUGCUUCCAGAGGGGUUAGUCACCCCUGAAACAUCACCAAUUACCCAAGCUAUGUUUAAAUAUUCAGAGCAGGAGAAGAGUGAAAUAGACCUCCUAGUCAAGCAAAUUGGUUCUUUGGCCAAUGUCUUCAACAAUGUAGCCACAAAAGAAUUCUCACCCUCUGAUACCAUGUUACUGAACGGCCACGGACUGGCAUACAGAAGUGUCUCACUACCUGCGUGUCUUCCCGAAACUGACACUACUGCUCCUUUCCCACGGUCCUGGAAAAGCAUUGACCUUUCAAUAUUCUUAACUUGCCAGGACCCAUCACUUCCAAGUAGUGGACACCCAGUCUGCAGCCUAUUCAAAGACUUACCUGACUCACCCCCUUUUGCAGAAACAGGGUCUCCCUGCAGUGCCCUAGAGGAGGAUGAAUUAGGAGGAGACCUCUCUGCCUCCCCAUCCAUGACCUCGAAUGUGACGACGGAUCUGUCGCCAGAAGAAUGUAACUUCUUAGAGGAACUGAUGUCCUACAAAACAGACCUUGAGGCAGGUGCCUCAGAGAUUCAAUGUGACCGGUUUAAUGAUGAGUUGUAUCAACUCCAGAUUCAGCUGCAAGACGGCUUCCAACAAGGUGAGAUACUGAAGGGAGUGGCUGUUGUAGGGGAAAAAUGUCUAAUUAUCCUGUAUAAUAUGUAAUCACAACUUAAAACAGUGUGUCAGUUUAGUAGCAUGGGCAUAUCAGUCUUGGUCCAAAAAAACAGAUUAUUAUAGACCAUUAUAGCUAACACAGAAAAGGCAGUGACUAUAAAUUAAUGUUGAUGAGAAGAUGGAGACUAAGUAGAAAACUAAUUAUUCUGUUCUCUUUUUCUCUCCACAGAUGGAAGUGGAAAACCUUCGUUUUGAAAUAAGUCUGUGACUUACUUCGAUAUGUAUGGCAUAUUGUCAUAUCUUCAGCAGAUUUCUGCUACCUUACAAACAAUGAAAGAAAUAAUGCACAAAACACGGAGUGAAAAUGGCUUUCUGCGCCAUGAACACCCUUGUUCGCUUAAGAACUGUCUUAUUUCAGUUUUUGCUUCCUUUUCUCUGCUCUUUUUAGAUCUUGUGCACGUUGACAUUAUACAGAUAGUUACCUAUCUUUUGCCAAUUUAAAACAAAGCAACGGCCCAUCCUUAGAUACAUUCUGUUUGAAUGUUAAUCUAGUCGGGAACAAAACGUACAAACACACAAUAAAUGUUUAAGCAAAAGUCUUUUCUUGCAAAAGAUCUGCAAUGAAACACAUGGUUUCAAUAUCAAUUCUGGUAUUUAUAAACAAAACAGUUGGCUAUGUUCAAAUAAUAAAAUAUUUUGAAAGUUAUUUUAACCUUUAGCAAAAGGAUGGGCCAUUGCUACUCUAUUUGUACAACAAAUAUGUCUGUUAAAAUAGCUGGAAGAAUAGACCAGAAAGUGGACAAAAAUUGGUUAUUGUAUAAAGCAGUUGUAAGUAGUCUUACAUAUCAAAAAUGUAUUCACUCGUAGUGAAGCUAAAAUAAUAUAUACAUUGUAUUUUUAAUUUUUGUUCAGUCCAUAAAAUUGGUAUGUUUAUAUUUAAAGCAGUUUCCAGGAACCAGAGCUGUCCAACUGAAAGCCUGGGCACAUAAAGUGACCAGAUUGUAUGUUUAUGGACCCUUAUAACCAAGGGUUCCAGCAUUUUAUCAUCUGGCCAAUGUUCGAUAGACAGUAGGCCCUCUACUUAGCCAAUAGCUGGACAGCAAGGCUGGAAGUGAUACUGAAAAACCACAGUUCUUUAGAUUGCUGUACUAGAACUGAAUUUUCUACCCUUGCUCCCCCAUAUAAUAGUAAGGUUAAUUACUCCUAAUCUGCUCCUCUUCAGAACACGUUGCACUUUACCGACCUAUUCGGUUGAUUAACAGUUUAUUAAUGUUAACUCAAAUUUAGAAAACAAUGGGAUUACAUUAAUUCCAGAAAAAAAUAUGCAGUGGGAUAAUGGUACAACACAUGGAAAAAACAUUUACAUUAAACCUCAAUUUUAGCGGCAGAAAAAUGGUUUUACAUACAAGCAAAGCUAAAUUGUGCAUUUACAAUGCAUUUUAACCAACUGCACCUUUGAAGUUUAAAAGAACAACGUUCCCUUUACUUAUAACUCAAUAUAUGGGUAAUAUUUACCAAAGGGUGAACCCAGUAUUAAACAGAAUUUACUAAAAGAAAACACCCCUAUUCGCUUAUUUAGGGGUCUCUUUUUAGUGAAUUUUGUGGUAAAUAUUUUGUUCACCAGUUUAUCGAUUUGCCUGAUGUCAGAUUUAGAGGGGAAGUUAAAAAAAAUAAAAAGUUUACAUGUAUCAAAAUUAUGGCGCCAUGGGGUGCCGUAAGUGAUGACGUAGGAUUUUGCUACGAAUUAAGUAUUAGGAUAUUUUUUCCUGAAUUGCUGUUUUUCAAAGUUUGAGAGAAAUGGUAAAAAUAAGUAAAUGAAUUGUACAUUUAUAAAUAUAUUUAUAAGAUAUAAUUUUUAUAUAACGUCUACGAUGAGUUCGUUUGUGUUGGGCUGGUGAUGUUAAGUCCUGGUCUUGUAGAAAAAUAAAACUGUCUUUUUUAUAGAGAUGAUUAAAAGGUUAAAGAAAAA